GACCCCCAGUGUAGUGUCGCAAGUGCAGACGUCAUCAUCUUCAUUUCAGGAAUACAUCACGCAGCACUAUGCGGCACACUUCAUGUGCGCCGGUGUCGACUGUGUCGAGUGGCAUUGUGUGUGUCGGCUGUAGGGUUUCCGCCAUGAGCUGAGCGCGGUGACGUAUGCCAUCAAAGCGCUACAGCGUCUGAGAUCAAAGCGCCGCCGCGUUUGACAUCUAAAGCGCCGACGGCCGCCAAAACAUCUGUUGCCAUGCAGCAGCCGGAAGCGUCUGAGGUCCAGCUGAGCGACCAGCCCAACGCGCUCAUCGCAUGUAAAGUGGCAGAGGACGUUUUCAACGAGCACCACUUAAAGGUGCAGUUUGAAGCUUUAUUUCGUGAAUUCGAUCAAGGCGCAUCGUUCCAGUUCUUCAAAAGCUUCAGACGGGUUCGGAUCAACUUCACAGAUGUUCUCGCCGCAGCGGAAGCCCGUGUCAAACUCCACAAGAGCGACUUCAAUGGAAAAGAGAUGCGGUUGUAUUUCGCUCAGUCGAUACACAUCGGCAGCUCUCGCCUAGAGCCUCCUAAACCAGACAAGCAGUUUCUCAUCUCUCCCCCUGCGUCGCCCCCUGUAGGCUGGGAGCAGUCGCAGGAUGCCACGCCAUACAUCAACUACGACCUCCUGCGUGCCGUGACUAAACUAGGACCAGGUGAGCAGUACGAGCUCCACACGGGAACGACCAACACGCCCAGUGUGAUCGUACACGUGUGUGAAGACGACAGCUCGGAGGGCGAAGAGGAGACGGAGGGCAACAAACGCGCUCGCCCCAAAAUCAUCCAGACCCGUCGUCCAGACAACGUCCCUUCAGUAAACCAGUGAGAGAGCCAUUCUGGAGAAUUUCAUUUGGCUGACCAGCAAGGAAAUAACCAGGAACCUGCAGUUUGUCAUCCUGACCACCAGAGGGUGUUGAGCGCCAGCCCCUUCCCAGUGGGGCAGAGUUGACCAUUCUCCUUAUCUCAAGUUCAUUUCUUAUUGUCCAUCGCUGAUGGAAUCAGGGACUCUGCAAGUUUCUCUCGUCUUAAGAAUGUCAUUAUUUGCUUGACAUGGCGACUGUGUAAUAGCGAUCACAUCCGGUUUGAAGGAGUUCUGUGUAGCACAGAAAGCUGAACAUUGUGUCUGAAGUGUUGAGUGUGUAUUGUUGCCAUGUGUUCACAUUCAUCGUCAUUAUCACGUAGCGUUCGUACCACCUUUUUUUUUUAAAGUCAUUAUUGCUGAAGUACUUCACGAGCUCCUUUAAGUAUUAAGCACUUUAAGAAUAGAGCCUUAUAACGUGGUGAACAGACAACAUCCUGAAGUACUCGUCUUUGUAUAUAGAGCGCAACGGUGAUCGCUCGCAUGUCCAGCGCUCGUGGAAGUGUGUUUCCAAUUUAUUUGUUCCUGAGAGAAUUCUUGUUUCAUUCUUAAGAGUAUUUAAACCCAAACUCAAUCAAACUGCUUAAGCACAAAAUGUUCUGACAAAUAUCUGAGAUAGAUCAAGGGGUAAUGAGCUAGAGAACUGCUAUCCCAUGAAGCAUUGCGAUUGACACAAACAUCAGGUUGGAGAGGAGCCUCACCAUUUGAUCCUGUCAAUCAUUUUCCAUGCGUUCUUUCCACAGAUCUUUCUGCAUCGCUGAGGCAUGAUCAACAUAUUUUCAAAUUUGCGAGUCGAAUUUCUUUACUAUCAUUGUCUCUGUUAGAACCAGUGUGAUUAAAACGAUUAUUAUCAGUAAAUCCCAAUUAUUAUCUACAAGAAGACUAGUCGGGAAACUGUGGAUUAGUCCAGAGGCGUUGAGAGUCGUGAUAACGGAAGUUUUUUACGUGUCACGUGAUUCAUGGAGCAUUCAGAUAGUUCCAGGAAGUUGUUUUCUCUUUAAAUGCUUUAUUUGGUUAUUCGUUUAUUCAUUAUUACGUCUUUGAAUGGGAUAAAGGUUUGUCACAAUCGUUCUGUUUAGCCACAGCUCCACGAGUUACUUCUGGGAACUAUUGAGACGCUCCAUGAACCUCCAUCGAUGUGAAGUCUAUGGAGCUGAUGCCUCUCUCUCUCACUCUCUUUCUCACUCUCUCUCUUACUCUCUCUCACUCUCUCUCUCUCUUUCUCACUCUCUCUCCUUCUCUCUCUCACUCUUUCUCACUCUCUUUCUCACUCUCUCUCUUACUCUCUUUCUCUCUCUCACUCUCUCUCUUUCUCUCCCUCGCUCUCUCUCUUUCUCACUCUCUCUCUUUCUCUCUCUCACGCUCUCUCUUUCUCUACCUCACUCUCUCUCUCUCUCUCACGCUCUCUCACUCACUCACUCACUCACUCUCUCUCACGCUCUCCCUUUCUCUCUCCCUCUCUCUCUCUCUCUCUCUCCCUCACUCUCUCUCUCUCCCUCACUCUCUCUCACUCUUUCUCUCUCUCUCUCACUCACUCUCUCUCACUCUUUCUCUCUCUCUCUCUCUUUCUCUCUAUCCCUCACUCUCUCUUUCUCUCUCUCUCUCACUCACUCUCUUUCUCUCUCUCUCUCACUCACUCUCUCUCUUUCUCUCACUCACUCUCUCUCUUUCUCUCUGUCGCUCUCUCUCUCUUUCUCUAAUAACAGAAAAUAUCCUCUGUAUUUUUCAGACCUCACAUACUCCAAAGAAAACAAGUUCAGAUUCACUUUGAAACAAUAUAACACUAAUACUUCUACAUGUAUUAAGGAAACGUUCAAAAAGUAUUUUUUGUUUGUGGUUUUUCUCACAGUUUUCACGUGUCUUGUCCUGCUGUCAGUCUUUCACAUUGCUGUUGGUUGAUUACGUCACUCCCGAGGUUUGAUUUUGUUGAAAUUCAACAGAUAAUACACCGGAAUGGCCACAACACAUCUAGAUAUGAUGAUUUAAUGAAGAUUUGGAACCUUCUCUUGUUUUUUUUCCUGCGGUAUAUAAGCUUGAGUAGAUCAUUCUACAAUAUUCGACGAGAUCUUGACUUAUUAGUAUAGUGUAGAAAUCGGCAAAUCUAUUUCUUUGAAAUGACAUGACAUGUCACGAGCAGACGUUCAAUGAAGAUUCUGAAUGUAAGCUCCUCAACACAGCCGCCGUGCGCUCAUCGUGGUGUUUGCAGAAUGGCUCAGUUGUGCUCUACCGUCUCUGGAGAUCUUUGCAUUAUUCUAGAUGUUCACAUGUCAUCCAGCCAUUUCAAGCAGCUGUAAUGUACUGUGUAUAUUUGAUGUAUUUGAAUGUAGCUCAUAUCUUGAAUAUUUCAGGAUUUCUAUCAGAAAAGAAGAAAUAAUCAGCUAGCAGGAGUGUGAGGAGAGAUUAACCUACCUUUAAUAAAACCAUCUUGACCAAA